AUGUCUAUGAGUCAACAUAGGGGUAGCAUGAAUCAAAUUGUUGAUCGUGUUGCAGAUAUCAAUCCAACAAAGUUAGGUUGGAAUUUAGUGGUUGGUGUUGUCCGUUUAUACGAGUUAUGCAGCCAAUCCAAUCCUGCUGAUGUUUAUAGCUUAGAGAUGGUGCUGCAAGAUGAACAGGGUGAUCGGAUACAUUGUUCAAUCCCAAAAGGAAAUAUUGUGGUAUUCAAGACCUUGAUACGUGAGAAUGGAAUAUACUCGAUGAGAAAUUUCAUUGUUAAAGGAAAUAACAAUUUCGUGAAGACAACGGGGCACAAAUAUAAAUUGAAUUUUUACAUGAAGACAUGUGUUUCACGUCUUCCCAGUGAUACGUUUCAUUUAAAUCCUUUUAGUUACGUUCCAUUCCCUGAAAUUGAGGCAAUGGUUGGAAUGAAUCGCAUUCACCUGUUAGAUUUCAUCGGUCAGGUGGUGGGUAAGGAAAAUGCUCAAGAUAUGGUUACGAAAUCCGGCCAGCAGAGUAAAUGCAUUGCACUUUACCUGGAGGAUUUAGAGCAGAAUAGGAUGAAGUGCACCCUCUAUGGUGAAUCUGUAGAUAAAGUAAUUAGUUUCAUGGAUAAACCAGAAAACGAGCCAGUCAUCUUGGUGGCACAGUUGUUUAAGCCACAUUUCUACUUGAAUGAAGUCAGUGUUCAAAACAGUCUUUAUGCUUCUCGGGUUUUUUUCAAUCCAGAUAUUCCUGAUGUUGUAUCAUUUAAGAAUAGCUUAAUGAAACAGGGUGAGAGAGCGUCACAGCCUAUUAGUCACAUUGAUAGGCAACCUCAAUACUCUGUUAGUCAUGAGCUUUCAGCCGGGGCAUUUCCAGUAAAGACAAUUGAGGAGAUUCUUAACAUGACAACUGAAACAUUGUGCUGGGUUGUUGGAACAAUUGUCUCCAUUGAGGUUGGUGCUACAGAUUGGUUUUAUGCUUCGUGUAAGACUUGCCCGAGAAAAGUUAAGGAGAACAAAGAUCGAUAUUUUUGUGAGUACUGUGGAAAAGUGGGGUUUAAUCCUCCGUUGAGGUAUCGGCUUAAUGUUGUCAUCACUGAUGGAACUGGAUGUGUUAAUGUUAUAAUAUGGAAUCAAGAAGCCAAAUUGAUUAUGGGAAAGCCUGCAGGUGACAUGAGAGACCUGAGUAAAUCUGAAAGCACUAAUUCCUACCCAAAAGCUUUUGACUCACUGCUUGAGAGGAAGUUCCUUUUUAAAAUAUCCGUUGGAAAGAAAAAUAUUAGUACUCUUGACCAGGUAUAUAAUGUAAUUAAGAUAAGUGAUGAUGUCUCACUUAUUGGAAUGUAUAGCUCCCAAGCUUCCUCUGCAGAAAUUGAGGGUGCGGAUCCAAGUGUUUCAAAUUUGUUGGCUAUAAGUGGACAAACUGAUAAUGAGUCGGACGGAAUUGGUGUAGCAGUUGUUUCUUUAUCAAAGGACUCUGUAAUGGAAAGUAAUUCUGAUAUAGGGUUGGAAACUCCUGCCAAAUCUACGGGUGUUGAAUUUGUUUCAAAUUCUACAAUAAUGGUUGGGAUGGAUAGUCCAGAUGUGCAAGGUUCCAGCAACAAGACCACGAGACGUGGAGCUGGCAAACGAAAGAUUGAGUGA